AUGGAAUUUCCCCAGUAUUUUGUUCAGGAAUGGGAAUCUAUCCCCGAAAAGAAUUCUGCCUGCUUCGACUGCAGUAUAUGCCUCGACUUUGCACGUGAUCCAGUUGUAACCCUUUGCGGCCACCUCUACUGUUGGCCCUGCAUAUACAAGUGGCUUGAGUCCCAAGCCUCCUCAGACGAGCCCACACAAUGCCCCAUUUGCAAGGCCCAAAUAUCCGAAAAAACCAUAGUCCCUCUUUACGGCCGAGGACAGACAUUUUCCGAAUCUGAACCUGACAACAAAGUUAAUAUACCUCCAAGGCCACCCGCCUGCAACACAAAGGCUCUCACGAGCUUGCUGAAUUCUGAACAGCAGUUUAUGCCUUCUUAUCCUCAUCAUCAUCAAGCUCGAAUUCAACACGAGUUUUCGAAUAAUUUUACGAAUUAUGGAGAAUACUCACCGACCCCAUUUAAUGGUACUGCAGCAAUGUCUGUUUUCCACCCUACAAUGGGAGCUUUUGGAGAGAUGAUUUAUGCAAGGGUUUUUGGUAAUUCACAGAGUUUGUAUACAUAUCCCAAUUCGUACCACACUGUGGGGAACCGAAGCCCGAGGCUGAGAAGACGGGAGUUGAGGGCAGAGGAGUCUCUGAACAGGGUUACAAUCUUCUUAUUUUGUUUCUUUCUAUUGUGCUUUCUUGUGUUUUGA